AUGGAAUCACUUCAUAAGAAUGACACAUGGGAUUUAGUGAGAUUGCCUAAAGAUAAGAAAAUUGUUCGUUGCAAGUGGGUAUUCAAAAAGAAAGAAGGAACAUUGGGAGUUGAAUAUGCUAGGUAUAGAAGAGGUAAAAGAGCUCCUCAACAAGCUGAUUCAUUGUCUACAAAGAAACGAGAAAGAAUUUCAUACUAUGAACAGCUCCAAGCAACAUAUGAUCUUAGUGAGAGUAACUUGAUUGGUUCUGGCAGUUUUGGCUCUCUUUACAAAGGCAUUCUCAAAAGUGGAACUGCUGUUGCAGUUAAAGUGUUCAAUCUACAACUGGAUGCAAGAGAGACUAAGCAUAAUGAUAGAUGUGGCAUGUGCUUUGUAAUAUCUUCACUAUUGGUGCUUUCGCCUGUGAUCCACUGUGAUCUAACGCCUAGUAACGUCUUGCUGGAUGAGGAUAUGGUUGCCCACCUCAGCGACUUUGGCAUUUCAAAACUGCAUGGUGAAGAUCAGGGUGAUUUGUACACUAAAACUUUAGCAACAUUGGGGUAUAUUACGCCAGAGUAUGGACUGAAAGGACUAGUGUCAACAAAGUGUGACAUCUAUAGUUAUGGGGUCAUGUUGUUGGAAACAUUUACUAGAAGAAAGUCUAAUGAGUUUGAGGGAGCUCUUAGCUUGAAGCAAUGGGUGAGUUAUUCACUGCCGGAUGCAGUAAUGGACGUCGUACAUACCAACUUGCUAACAACAGGUAAAGGUUUACAGAAGGAGUUAGAUGUUGUGGCAUCAAUUGUGAAUGUAGCAUUGGAUUGUUGUGCUGAAUCUCCGGCAAGAAGGACUAACAUGAAAGAUGUUGUAGGGAAGCUGCAGAAGAUCAAGAUUCAACUUUUUCCAUGUUGA